AUGAAGGCGCUUUUGGUCGCCGCCCUCGCUUUGCUGGCACCUCUAGCUACUGCCACGGAGAGACCACCUCUCCCUGCUUGCCCAUCCGGCAAUUUCACUCCUUUUAUCAGCAAAGGCUGCUACUCUGAUGAUGGAUCAAAAGCACUGGACUUCCGCUCUCCCUCGAGCCAAUAUAGCAUGACUGUUGAGCAGUGUACUGCUGAGUGCAAGGGUAACGGCUAUCGAUAUGCUGGUCUCAAGUACUACGGAGUUUGCUACUGCGGCUCUUCUUUGAGUGCUGCGAAAGUGGACGACUCCCAGUGUUCAUUGGCUUGCAGUGGUGACAAGAAGGAGGUCUGUGGAGGGAACACUCAGCUCUCCGUUUGGGAGGACCCUACCUUUGCGAAAUGCGGCAGCGAUAUCACCAUCAACGACUACGAAUCUCUAGGUUGCCAUGAUGAUGAUGGCUCUUCUGAGGGACGUGCUCUUAAUCACAAGCUGGACUUGGAUGCGAACACGUUUACCGCUAAGCUUUGCCUUGACGCAUGUAGGGUUCGAGGAUAUGCCUAUGCUGGCACCGAAAAUGGUAACGAGUGUUGGUGUGGUACCAAUGUAGGAAGCAAGAACAUCAAAGUUGACGAUGCGAAAUGCGACAUGCCCUGCCAGGGUGGUCCAUCCGGCAAAUGCGGUGGUAGAUCUGUUAUUGACCUCUAUCACGCCAAAAAGCUCGAGUCUGGCGAACCAUGCUCUGGCUCAAAUACCCAAGCGCCUGCACCAAGUUCCACUGCUACAAGAACAAGGACAAGAAGGUGCUCUAGAAGACCAUUGACAAGCACUUCGCUUGCCCAGAGCUCUCCCUCAACCCCAGCUACAACCCCUUCCCAGGAGUCUAGCACUCCCAUUCCCUCUGCAACUUCCCAGGAGUCCGCCUCAUCCUCCACCAUUGUCCCUUCAGGAGUAUCUACCACAGAACCGUGCACUGAUAACAUUCCUUCCUCGACUCUCGCUGCAUCCACAACACCGCAGGGCAGUUCUACUCCUGGAUCUUCGACGCCUGGUGCAUCCAUUCCAGGUACUUCCACCGCGGGGACAUCAACUGCUGGCACAUCUACUCCUGCCCCAUCGACUACCCAGGUCUCAAGCACUGAGCCUUGCUCCGAUGAUAUCUCGAGCACCGUUACACCUUCUUCAACGCCGAGCUCCGCCGUGUCAACCACCUCCGCAUUGGCUACGUCAACUUCCCAGCCGUCCAGCUCCACUACCCCAUCUACUUCCCCCAGCUCUACUACCGUACCAAGCACCACUGCUGGAGCCGGCUCAACCAGUAUUCCUGGAACCACUACCGUUCCGACCACGACACAGAGGCCGAGCACCACAUCUACUCAGCCCAUGUGCACGGCUACUCAUACUCAGCCCGCCACUUGCGAGUUCAAGUGCGGUAAUUGGUGUGCUCCUGCUCUCCCUGACUGGAAGGACAAGAACAGCUGUCUCAACGCCGCCAAGACCUGCUCCCUUCAGAUCGCCUCUUGCUUCAAGACAGCCGGGUGGCCCAAGGCUAUCGAAUGCUUCGACUUCUCGAAGUGGUGUGGACAAGUCGAGGAGUACUGCCACAGCGACUGCCCCUCAGGCAAUUGUGGAAAGACAGACUGCUGGAACAAGCGCAAGCCGUCAGGCUCCAACGGGACACCUCCUACUGUCAGCACCACAGUCUACCCCUGCCCUGCCACGUCUACAAUGGCCACCAGUGUGGCCAGGCCCAGCACGACCUCUCACUGUGCUCCUACCCCAACCAAUAUCUGCAAGCAGCCCACCAACACUGACUGGGGAUAUGGACCUGGAAAGCCCGUGGCCGGAGUGCCUCUGCCCGUUGUUGGCUGCAAUGACAAUAAGAAGGACUGGAAGUCUAACCCCUUCAAGUUCUACAACCACCCUGAUAGCCGCAGCUGCCAGUCCUUCCCAUGGAAUCAGCGUCCCAAUGUCUGCGCCGACGCCUGCCAGGAGCAGUAUGAGGACUGUGUUGAUACAUACGUCCAGAGCUGCAAUGAUCAGUCGUGGAGGAACGGCAAGAACCACAAACGUACCAACGACAAUGGUGGAUGUGCGGCCUCCAACACUGGGAGCGAGUGGCGGAAAUCCGGCUGCGACAAGGUUCACUGCUGGGGCCAGGGCGGAAAUGAUGGCAACACGGCCCAGAAGCGAUGCAAGGCACAGUACCAGGACUGCCUGGCGAUCAACAAGAACAUGCAGCCUAGCAACCAAUGUCAGUCUUGGUGCGACGCGAAGAGCAAUUAG